AUGACGGACAAGGAAGCAACCGUCUACGUGAUUGAUGUCGCUCAAUCUAUGGGCAAGACACACUGCGGCCGCAAACAAAGCGACCUAGAUUGGGCUCUUCAGUAUGUCUGGGACAAAAUCAGCAAUACGGUCUUCACUGGCCGCAAGACUCUCCAGAUUGGGGUCGUGGGCCUUGGGACAGACAAGACAGCCAACGGGAUGCAAGGAGACGAGGGCUACGAUCAUAUCAGCGAGCUACAACCCAUCACACAGAUUCUCAUGCCACAGCUGCAAGAAUUGCCUAAGCUGUUGAAACCCAGCAGAACCGACGAUCGUGACGUCCUUUCGGGCAUCAUCAUUGCCGUGGACAUGAUCAUGAGGCAUUGCAAGCACUUGAAGUACAAGAAGAAAGUGGUCGUGGUGACGAAUGCGACGGGCCAAAUUGACGAUGAUGGUAUCAAGGACACUGCGGAGCAGUUCAAAAACAACGGGAUCGAACUGGUCGUGUUGGGCAUCGACUUUGAUGACCCAGACUACGGCGUCAAGGAGGAGAACAAGUCCCCACAGAAAGCGAGGAACGAGCAAACCCUGAAACAGCUGGUGGAGCUUAGUGAGGGCGAGUUUGGCACGAUGCAGGAAGCUAUUGACAGCCUGUCUCGUCCGCAGAUCAAGGCUGUUCGACCGACUCCGACGUAUAGAGGCCGGCUCUGCCUCGGUGACCCCGAAAGGUACGACACAGCUGUAUCGAUCGAUGUGGAGAGAUACUUUAAAACCGCCGUGAGGCGGCCUCCCACCGCCACCGCAUUUGUCAUGAGAGAGGGUGACCCGGAUGAGGAGGAGGAGGACGGCCUCGGUAGCGUUCACACCAGAUACGUUUACAAAGUCAAAGACGAGAACUCCGCAGAUGGGACGAAGAACGUCGAGCGAGAAGAGCUCGCCAAAGGCUACGAGUACGGACGAACAGCCGUGGCGAUUUCCGAAACGGAGCAGAACAUCACCAAACUCGAGACACAGACAAAUUAUGAAAUUUUAGGAUUUCUUCCUGCCGAAAAUGUGGAACGCUAUAUGUUGCUUGACAGUGCAAACAUGAUUGUUGGACAAAAGGGCAAUGACAAGGCUGCACUCGCGUUAUCAUCUUUGAUACAUGCGCUGCAUGAACUGGGUUCGGUGGCAAUCGCGAGACUUGUCAAGAAGGACAUGGCUGAGCCAAUUUUAACAGUACUUUCACCUCUAGCAAACGCGGAGAUAGAGUGCCUGGUGGAAAACAUCCUUCCAUUCGCCGAAGACCUGCGCUCUUAUCGAUUCCCACCACUCGACAAAAUCCUCACAAUCUCAGGCAAAGAAUUGACGGAACAUCGCAAUCUCCCGAAUGAUGAUCUCCUAAACAGUAUGAGCGACUUCGUUGACAGUCUGAACAUGGUGGAUGAUGAUGGCGACGAGGAAAUGGCAAUGGAUGACACAUUCUCGCCGGUCUUACAUGUCAUCGAAGGGGCCAUCAAGUAUCGAGCUGUCCAUCCAGAUGAGGGCCUGCCGCCCAAACCAGUGGCAUUCACAGCAUAUUCGAAACAAGCCGAACACUUGCAAGAGAGGAGCAAGAAAGCACUUGCGGAAUUGAUCAAGGCGGCCGAUGUGAAGAAAGUUCCGCCCAAGGUCAAGGGUCGCAGGAGAUAUCGCGACGUGGAGAAACCUCUGUCCGGACUCAACGUCGAAGACCUCUUCCGCAAAGAAAAUCGUUCUAGUAUUUCCUCAAACAAUGCCGUCCCUGAAUUCAAGCAGUUGUUGGCAUCAACCACAGAUCUUGACGCCGUCAAGGACGGUGUAACGCAGAUGUCGACGAUUAUGGAGGACCAGAUUAAGACCAGUUUCGGAGAGAAGAACUAUGCCAGAGUCCUCGAAAUCCUGGGUACGGUACGUGACGAGAUGGUUGGGAUGGAGGAACCUGAACUGUACAACAAUGCUUUACGCCAGAUCAAGAAGAAGAUCUUGGCAAAAGAGCUCGGGGGGGACAGGACGGAGUUGUGGUACAAGAUCCGCAUUUCCAAACUCGGCUUGAUAAACUCGGAUGUAUCUGCCGCAUCAAAUGUUAGUCGGGAGGAGGCAGACAUUUUCAUGAAAUCCAAAUCAUGA